UACUUCUUUGCCAACUAUAAUUCAAAUAGAAACAAACUCAGUCCUUAUUCACCCCAUAUAUUAUAUAACGUCCAUUCUCCCUCUAUGGAUUGGACAGACCGAAAAUUAGACCAACUAAGAGAAUACAUAGAUCGCUACCAGCAUGUAGAUAACUUGGAAGAACUCAAUCAGGUGAUAGAUUGGACUUAUCUUCAAGAUACGUUCAAGAUAUCUGACAUAUCAAUUGUUAUGCAGAAGGUUGAAGAGCUCUACCAAGAAAACAAAGAGGCCAUUUAUACAAACCCUAUAUUUCUAGAUGAGGAUUUAUCAGAUGUCAGAGCAUUGGCCAGAGUAGAAGGAAAUCCAUUUCUUGGAGAGAUAGCUUCCAUGUUGGAAGCUUUGGGACUACAUGAGUUCCUCACAGAAAAGGAUCUUAUAGAAGAAGAUAGGGACCAACAGUCAAUGAGGGAAUCCAAUUGGGAGUUGGAUAAAGUCCUGCAAGCUCUCCCACCAGAUUCCCGUAAAGUUUCUUUGAACCUUCCAAAUAUGACCAACAAGGAACAGCAAGUCUCAUUAAAUCUUAUGGACCAGAAAAACAGACCAAAUCUCAUACCUUUUGCUGGAGAUAAUUCCAGUAAGCGUGCAAGCUUGAGUAAGCCUGCUUCUGCGGAAAUAACCAGUGUCAAUAUUCUAAGUAAGGCUGAUGCAAUAUCAGGUAUUAUGGCCAAACCAGUUGGUGAUCAAAGAAGGAAGUCACUCACUUCACCGUUUCUAAUUGUGGACAAACUCAAAUUUAUUCGAAGGAAAAGCGUGGAACCUGACUCGGUACCGGUGUUUGAUAAAGCCUCGAUCAAUGCCAAAUCACCUCAAAGAAUGAACAAAGACAAGGCUAGGCGAACUUCUAUGGUUGGUGAUAGUUUACCUUUGUAUAUUAGGCAACAAUUAGGCUCUCCGGAACAGCCAUUGAACCUGAAAAUACUGGUUCUUGAGAGUAGAACUGUCCUGCCUAAAGUUCCCCAAUUGACGUCACUUCAGCCUCCGCUAGAAGCUACAGGGCAAUACUCAAUUCUGACAUCGUAUGCCAGAGAAGCUCUCCCACUGAAAGAAAUCUCAAAACAGCCUUCCUCCAGGUUGAAAAAUGUCUUGUCAAAUUCUCAAUCACUCUAUGCAAUUUCCAGAGAUGCGGUGCACCCUGGAACACCAUCGAGGGAUGAAAGUCAAACUAGUACUAUAUCCGAUGAACUUACAGAUAGAGUAUAUGACUCUGACGACGACAAGGAAUACAUACUGCCCACGCUGAUGUCACGAUAUUUAGGCUUGGAAGGGGAUGAUGAGGGAGAUGACGAUGAUGAUUUCCCGGAUCUUGACUUCAUUAAACUCCAUGACAGUGAAUCCGAUAGAAUAACGGGCAGAACCAUAGAUGAAGAAGAUGAUGACUACUUGUUUAGCUGAGCUUCAUAAUUGAAGCACGUAUUCAGGCUGCUACGAAAAUGAAGAUAAAAUGUUUUACAUCUAGAGACCUCUUAACAGCUAUACCUGUCAAGUAGAGAUUCUCUAGCAUGGCCUCUAUUGAUAAAUAGUAUCACAC